AUGGAGGAGGAGCUCCAGGAGGUACGAGACAACUUCUAUGUAGGCAAUUUCAACAAGGCCAUGCAGAUGUGCGAGUCCGCGCACGGUUCCAGCGAGCUAACACAAAGUGAGCUUGGUGCUACUCUGGCUCGCUGCUGCCUUGCAAUUCCGCAGAUCGAAAGACUGAAGGCCAUGCAGAACUCCGAGAUUCCUGGCCAACGCGCCGCGGCUUUGCUGGCGGUGAUUACCAAGUCCAGAAACGAGGCCCAGGUCAAAUCGGCCAAGGAGCGCCUAGCCGCUCUGGCGAAGGAGACGCAGGACAUGAGCUGCGCAAUGCUCAAUGCCAUGGUCCUGGCCAUGGACGGCAGCUGGAAUGAAGCGGCGCAGAUGACCAAGGCGCACCCAGUGCUGGAAAUGCAGGUGCUGACAAUUCUCCUGGCCCUCAGUUGUAACCAGGUAGCAAUGGCUGAGAAGCUGCUGAAGGAUGCAUCUGGAAACAACGACGAUUCAGCUGCUUUCAGGCUGGCAGCAGCGGCUGUGAAACUGGCAACAGGCGAUCCGGAGGAAGCGUACUUGACAUAUUGCGACCUCUGCUCACAGUUCCCAGCUGUGGAGGGUGAUGACUCUGGUUCUGGGUCCGUGCUGCUGCAGACCGGCAAGGCAUUGGCCAACAUGCAGCGCGGUAUGUUCUCCGAGGCAGUGGAGGACCUGCAGAGAGCGCUGGCAGCAUCACCAAACGACCCAGAUGUGCUGGUCAACAUGUGCUGCUGCAUGACCCACUUGGGGAAGAAGGACGAAUUCCAGCAAUAUUUCGCCAAGCUGGAGCAGGCAGCUCCGAACAAUGACUAUGUCCUGAAAACGCAGGGAAUGGCCAACGCGUUCACGCGCUUCAAGGCUUCGCUUGAGGCCUGA